AAAAAAUUUCCGUUCCGCUAGAGCGAUGCUCCCGUGUUUUUAUCAUCCUUUUAUAUUAGCGCGUUUAGGUUGAUCCAUGGGUUUGGCACCCGUUCCUUCCUUGCCACCGGCGCCAUCUUUGCUUCCGUGACCUCGCCCGUCGAUUUUUCUUUUCGGUUGUUUAUUGCAAAACUUGGGCGCAAGAUAGUCUCUGAUUCGUUCGGCUUUACGCGGUCGAGGCGAUUGUUUGGUCUGGUUCUGGAACCUGGGCUGCUCUUGCUCUUGGUGGCGUUAGUUAUUCACGGGUUCUUGAAUCUUUCAGGCGGCCAGGGUGGAACUGCCCCUUGCCCGUGGUUGGUGAGGCGAUUCGUGGUCGGGAGCUUCCGUUUCUCUUCGGAGGUAGGAGUAUGUGAUAAAUUUCUUCCUUAGCUUGGAUUGCUGGCGGGUGUAGUUAGCAUUUAGCCAGUCUCUAGCGAUUUGUGGAACUGACAAUUAGUGGACAAAAUGUGGAGCCAAGAUGGUUGUUUGCUGUGCCGCACCGGGGGUGCUUCUCUCUAGCAAUAUUUUCAUAUUCAUCUGAAGGGCAUAAAUCACAAUGUUAUUCUUUUGACGGACAUUUUGGUGAAGUGGAUCUGACCUACUGUAGGGGAAAGAGCAAAGUACAUUAUCUUGUACAAAUGUGCAUUACGCUACCUUUAUCAUAAACCAAAUCAUCUCUGUUUCUGGGAACAGCAACCAGUAAUUUCCCAUGCAACCUCUUGGUUGAUGGAUGUUCUUCCUGUUGGGUCAGAAAGAGAAAGUCAAACAGAUAGUCACCCUUUACUCAUGGAGCAUGCGAUUGGCAUCCCAAGGCAUGAUGUUGCUUCUACUUCGACACCUCAUCGAGACAAUAAUGAUGGCAUGGAUCAACUGCCCCGUGAUUCAGAAAGUUCUUCUGGAACAACUGAUGCAUCUUACUCUCCGAAUGCUCCUCUAGCAAGGAGAGAUGAUAAUCGCCUUCGGCGUCAGCAAAGUCUAAAUUCUGGCUUCUGGAUAUCAAUUGAACUAGCUGUAAAUCUUAGCCAGAUUAUAGCUGCUAUCUGUGUUCUGUCUGUGUCAAAGAAUGAACAUCCUCAUGCUCCAUUGUUUGAGUGGGUCAUUGGUUAUACAAUAGGCUGCAUUGCAACUCUUCCUCAUCUAUACUGGCGCUAUCUCCAGCGCAACCAGCUGGCCACUGUGCAAGGGUCAAAUCAGAACUACGUUCCAGACAACAGCUUUGAGAGUAGUUCUUUUACUGGGAUUUCGCCCCCUCCUGUGUCUGAAGCUGGUGUUGUAACUGUAUCAAAUGGAGUCUUGAGAAACAAUGUGGUUAUCACAAAUCCAAGGGCCCAAGCUUUUGCUGAUCACUUCAAGAUGGCGCUGGACUGCUUCUUCGCUGUAUGGUUUGUUGUGGGAAAUGUGUGGGUGUUUGGUGGACAUUCUUCCGCCCAUGACGCACCCAACCUGUACAGGUUGUGCAUAGCCUUCCUCACUUUCAGCUGCAUUGGCUAUGCGAUGCCCUUCAUCCUCUGCGCGCUGAUAUGCUGCUGCUUACCCUGCAUAAUCUCCCUGAUGGGCUUCCGGGAAGAUCUGGACGAAAACAGAGGUGCUACUUCGGAUGCGAUCAACGCCCUGGGCACAUACAGGUUCAGGUCAAAGAAGCCUCGUAACGGGGAGGCAAACGAAGGUGGCGGUGGAGUCUUUGCUCCUGGAACGGACAAGGAACGCGCUGUUUCUGCUGAAGACGCCGUUUGCUGUAUCUGCUUGGCGAGGUACGUGGAUAACGAUGAUCUCCGGUUGCUCCCUUGCGGGCACUUCUUCCACAAGGACUGUGUCGACAAAUGGCUCAAGAUAAAUGCGCUGUGCCCACUCUGCAAAGCUGAGAUCGACGUCGUCCCGAGGACCGCUCCUCCAGCCAUUGGCUUUGGGCGCCGCGACAGCCACAGGAGGGUAGGAAACGACAUUGAAUCACAACGGCUUCCAUGAUGUAUAGUGAGACAGCAACUUGCCUUGGGCGUGUGUGUGGCUUCCAGAAGAGCACCUUGUAAAUUAUAUAGUGAGAGAGAGAAAGAGAUUAUGUCAUGGACCAACGAGUCCUUACAUGAUCCAGCAAGUAAUCGCCUGACUGAAAAAUGUGUCGUUGUUGUCAAUAUGUGUGAAUGUGUCCCUGUAGCUGUAGCUUUGUUCACUCCAAAAUGUACCUUGUCAUAGCUACCGUGACGUCAAUUAACUAAUCUAUUUUAUAAAGUAAAGUCUAAUUUUUUA